GUUUAGGAGGAGGAAAAGAAACGGUUUGAAUUAAACUGCAAGUGACAAAAUAAUUAGAAGUUGAGCCUUUCACAGCAGUUUGAGGCACAUAAUUUCAGAGCAUGAAAAUACUCUGGUUAAAAUGGUCCAUUUGCCCAUAGAGACCACACCAGCUUUGGGUGAGAGCCCUGAUUUUUAGCUGAAUCCAUUUCACAGGGUCAUUAUUGAGGAAGGGCAUAGAUGAAAAUAUCAGCAUCCUGGAAUGGCUUGUUUUUUUAUUUUUUGCCCAAGGCCAUCCACUUCCUUCCCCCUUUCCCAGCCCUCCAUAAUUGCUGUGUCUCAAAUCCUCAGUUUAACAGAUUCAGAAAUACAGCAGGCAGAGCUUUCCCAACACUGUAAUUGUGUCCUGGGAAAAAAUACAUGCCAAAUUUCUGUACAUCGCAUUCUUUAAAAAGGAAAAAAAAACUUUUUAAAAAAGACACAGAUGUCCAGCCAAAAAAGGAGAAGCAAAAAAACCCCAAAUGUCCCCUUUAAACUUCAUAUAGCUAAGCUUGCUAACGCUUGAAUUCAUUUCACAUGCUAAGACUCCCAGCAUUCCCUCCACCUGUAGUGAUUAACAGGUGAGGAUGAUUAUCUUACCAAACCCAAGUAUUUUCCCCCUAGCUUCUGUUUUAUCAAAUGCCUGCUAAAGUAGUGCUGGAUAUAUUGCAGGCUUGAUUUUAUGAUUUUAGUAGAACCCCAAGAUCCAGCCUUAUCUAUAAUGCUUGCACAGACCAACACAGCUACUUCAUCUACAAGUGGAAAAAAAGGUUACGGGUUGAAUUAGAGAGUUUACUGAAACCUCAGAAUGAGUCUUCCAGAAAUGAAUGCAACCUGCAUGUCCCUUUCACACCGAAGUCUACCUUCAGAAAUGGAGGGGUUGGCUGCAGAGAGCAUCAGCUUGCUGGCCAAGCCCACUUUGGAUAGCGCCAGCCUGUCUUCCUCCGGGGCGGUCUUCAUCCUGCUGAAAUCAGCCCUCGGAGCCGGACUCCUCAAUUUCCCCUGGGCGUUCAGCAAGGCUGGAGGAACUCUUCCGGCUGUCCUCGUGGAGCUGGGUUCUUUAAUAUUCCUGAUCAGCGGCUUGGUCGUCCUGGGCUAUGCCACCUCCAUCAGCACCCAGACAACCUACCAGGGCGUGGUGAGAGAGAUCUGUGGCUCCUCAGUGGGGAAGCUCUGUGAAGUCUGCUUCAUCUUGAAUCUCUUCAUGAUAUCAGUGGCCUUUCUCAGAGUCAUGGGAGACCAGCUGGAAAAACACUUUAGAAGUAUUAUUGGCACCUUAGCAGCUUGUUACCUGAUGCUCGUCACUGUUGUCAAAUACUACCUCCGAACAGAUCACGUUGCGAAGCACGAACACCACAGAUCCCCUGAAGUCUCUUCCUGGGCCUCCAUGUCCAGUGUUAUACCAACCAUCUGUUUUGGAUUUCAGUGCCACGAAGCCUGCGUCGCCAUCUACAGCAGCAUGGCCAACCGGAAGCUCUCCCACUGGGUUGUGGUCUCUGUGAUGUCCAUGCUGUUCUGUUUGCUUAUUUAUUCCUUAAUAGGGCUCUACGGCUAUUUGACCUUUGGCGCUGAUGUUGCCGCUGACCUCCUGAUGUCCUACCCGGGAAAUGAUGUGAUGGUCAUCAUAGCCCGGCUCUUGUUUGGUGUCUCCAUCGUCACCAUCUACCCCAUCGUUCUUCUCUUAGGAAGAUCAGUUCUGCAGGACCUCUGCUUGAGCGCCAGGCAGAACUCUGUCUUGACCACGCAGCCUUACGAGAAGUGGAUGCGGGUCACCCUGACGACCGGCUGGGUUGUGGUCACCCUGCUCAUCGCCUUGUGUGUCCCGGACAUCAGCGACGUCAUCAGCCUCAUCGGAGGCAUCAGUGCUUUCUUUAUCUUCAUUUUUCCAGGGCUCUGUCUGGUGUGUGCGAUGGAGAUGGAACAAAUCAAGCCCAGGACUAAGUCCUGCUUAACAACCUGGGGGAUCGUCACCAUACUCUGUGGGGCCUUCAUCUUUGGACAAAGCACAACCUUGGCCGUCAUGGAGCUGUGGUACAAACUCUAGCCUCGGGCUGGAGGGAACAGCGGGUGGCGAGCGGCGUGAUCAACCCUGUAUGCUUGUGCGGGGAAAAAACGUUGAAGAAAAGCUAGGUUUCGUGAGCUCUGGUGAAAGUGUCCACCUUGUUUGGCAACUGCCUCUGCCAUUUAGGCUCCGUAAAGCACCUGCAUUUACAGCUGAGAAAUGUGAGUAACCUCACUAUGGGGCCGGCCCUACCGUGAGGCAGAAUGCGCUAGCUCAAAGCGGUCCCAGCCCUUAUGGCUUUCAAGUUGUACAACAAACGGUAAGACUUGAAAACAAAACGAAAGAGCAAGAAAAACCCUUCAUAUCCACAUCCAAAGUCAUAUUUUAAGUUUUAUUUGGUUUCCCUGCACUUAGUUGUAAUUACUGUAUACAAUAGUGCAUGUAUAUAUGUAUAUAUACAUACCUAUUUUAAAAUUGCUUAUAUAUAUAUCGGCUAAUACUGACAUCCCGGAGUGGUGCUACACUAGAGAGCUAUGUAAUCUUACUUCUAAAACGGUACAUAUAAACUAUCAAAGGUUACAGUCAGAAGUGAAGAGGAGCUAGCCUGCUUAUUGGAGAAAGAGGUGGUUUAUCUGUUUGUUUGUUUGUUUGUUUUGAAACUUUGCCUGAUUCAGUCCUCCGUAGAAACUAGGUUUUCUGGAAAUAAGAGAAUGUGCAUAACUUGUUAAAAUAAUUUAGUGCUACUUUCUACAGCAAGAGGGGGGAAAGGCUUCUCUAAGGACACCAAUAUUUUUGUCUUUUCAUGCACUGGCAUUAAAGGGAAGGGAGAGGAAAGAAAAGUACAGGGGGGUAAAUAAUCCAAAAUUGAAAAGAAUGCCAUGUUGACCCGAGGCCAGGACUUUUGGCCAAACUGCCAUGGUAACAAACCACUUGGGAGGGUCCAAAAUGCAGCAAGAAGGCUUGCUUGUGAUGCUGUGAAGGAAGUGGGUUGAGUUUUUUGUUUUUUUUUACUAUUUAUAACAAUCUCUCUCUCCCCCCCAAAUAUCCCGGGCAAUUAAGUCCUCACUUUAUCUUGUCGCGCUAAUGAAUUUAUGUAACAAAUGUUUCAUGCUACUGACUCUACAUGGCUUGGGGGGGAGCAUAAACAGGGUGGUUUGAUUUUUGACUCUGUGUGUAGAGAGAUGGGCAGGACAUGUUAGAAAACUCAUCAUCCUCUCUGAACUACAGUAGAUUUCCCAGAUUUCUCUGUGAGAGUUAAAGGGUCAAAACUCAAGACAGACAGUGG